AUGUCAUCUCCUUUACAACAAAAAUUUAUUUGUUCUACUUGUUGUAUUCAAUUUAGUAGUUCAGAAGAACGAGCUACUCAUUUUAAAUCGGAUUAUCAUGUUUUUAAUAUGAAAAGAAAAGCAGUAUUAAUGGAACCAGUUUCAUUACAAAAGUAUAAAGAAAUAAUGGCAAAAGAUAUUUCUUUUAAAACUGAAGAAUGUAGUUAUUAUUGUAGUUUAUGUAAGAAGAGAUAUAAUACUGAAAAUCAAAUGAAAGAACAUGAAUUAAGUAAAAAACAUAAAAUAAAUGUAAAAAAGAAUCCACAAAAAGCUGUGGAUUGUAUUAAAAAACAAAUGGUACAAGCUGAAGAAGAAGAUUUAGAAAAUAUUCCAGAACAAACUCUUGAUGAGAUGAUUCAAGAAAGAAAAUCUCUUGCACCAAAAAGAUCAGGAAAACAUUGUUUAUUUUGUGGUAUUGAAAGUCAAAACACUGAAGAAAAUUUAACACAUAUGGAAAAAGAACAUUCCUUCUUUAUUCCUAAUAUUGAAUGUUGUUGUGAUAUUAAUGGGUUAUUAAAUUAUUUGCAUGAUAAAAUUUGUAUUGGAUAUCUUUGUAUUUGGUGUUCUGGUGAAACUUCUUCAUUUCAUUCUUAUGAAUCAGUAAGACAACAUAUGAUUGAUGUUUGUCAUUGUAAAAUGAGAUAUGAUGAUAAAACAAUUGAGGAAUAUGAUGAUUAUUAUGAUUAUAGCUCUGUCCCUGAUCCUAUUGAAAUUAUUGACAUGGAUGAUACUUCUAUGACUUUAUCAAAUGGAAUGACUAUUGGCCAUCGUAGUAUGGCUAAUUAUUAUAAACAAGCAAUUAAACCAGUUGAAACACGUGCAUGUGUCUUAGCAAACCAAGGAAGGUCACAUCCUCAAAUUCCAGUUUCUAUGCCAACAGUUAAUCAAACAAUAGGAUCUUCUAAAGCAUUGAUGGCUUUACCAGAGAAGACAUAUGCUGAUUAUGUCAAAUCUAUUUUACGAAGACAAAUGGUUAAUAAUAAAACACAUAGAGACCAACAGCAACAAUAUCGUAAAUGGACAAAAUUAGGAAUUCAAGGAAAUAAAUUAUUCAAACCAGUUUGUCAAACAAACGUUUAA